AGUGUCAUCAUGUUUAGUCUGUUGCUUACAUAUCUCAUUUUAAACUCCAUAUAUCAAACCAAAGGUCUUUGCGGUGACUCUAUAAGGUGGUCCCACCGUGUGAACAUGGACGAGGUCUAUGGGGUGUGGUACGGCGUCGGAUACGCUCAGCACAAUCCUGACAUGACGAAUAUGCCCAACGAAGUUGGAUGCGUAACUCUAUACAUAUCAGACGCUUCAUCGGAAUAUAAAGACAAUUGGAUCGACUGGUCCAUAUGGCGUAAAAAUUUUUCAGAUCAAAAUUGGCGAUCUUCAAAAAGUAAUCCAUGGUCACCAAACGCAAUGGCGGGACCGUGGCUCGAUGUUAGAUUAAAAAGAAAGGUUAAAAGAAAUAUAGAAGACGAAAAACGAGUUAGGAUACUAUGGGAUGAAGAUGGACAUACACUGGAGCAAGUUUAUCUGUAUUAUCCAGUUGAACCUGGCCUUUGGACAGCGGAUAAGUUGCGUCCCUUGGAAAAGGAGAUGAUGUCUCGAGGCAUUGAUGUAUGGUACCCAGACGAUCCGCCUCGACAUCCCGAUGUGAUCCGACUCAUAAAGGUCACGCCACACACACUUAUCAUAAACCACUGUUCUGAAAUUGGUACCGGUGGUAUAUUUUCCCUAAUUCUUCGAAGAUCGCCCUCGAAGGUACAGCGGUGGGAAUGGUAUAAAUAUCAGAAAGAGUUCUAUAAAUUUGAAUUGCCUAAUAUUUAUAGAUAUGCGUCUGUAUGUUCGGCCUGUACUCGAAUAACUUGUACUGUCGUUUUAUAUACUUGCUUUUUUGCAAAUGUUUUAAUUAGACAGAACAAGAUUUAG